CAAGCAAUACUAUAUCUCAAAUGAUCCGCUCACGCCCCCACCAAUGCUGAGAAUGAUGUCCUGGCGACAAGAAUACCUGGAGAACCUAAAGCAACGAGACGAGCUGAAGAAAGCAAACUAUGAUCUCAUCGAUGCCUAUAGCAGGCUUGCUGAUCAGACAGCUGCAUUGGAGGCCAAGGUAUCCGCAAACUCGUCUUCUCCAAUACCUACCUCGCCGGGAAACGAUGCGCCUGGUUUAAGCAACCAGGAGGAAGUAGCACAAGUGAAGAGUGAUCUGGCGGAAGCACUUCGAGCAAAGGGACAACUACAGCGUCGUCUUAAGGUCACAGAAGAAACUUUAGAGAGGCUUAAAACUAGAGCCAAGGCAGAUUCCAUUCGUAUUAGGGAUCUUUCUGCAGAGAGGGCGCAGCUUGUCUUGAAGGUCAAAGACCGAGACGAAGAGCUACGCGGAAAGGCUCAACUAUUGGUGGUACCGUUCCCCCCACCCGGCGCCAGUUCAGUCGGAAUACUUACACGGUAUACAGCAAGUCCAAGAUGAAAACAUGUCUCUUGAUUUACAACUUAACAUGGCUGAACAACAAACGGCUCGCUUGAAAAGGGAGAACAAAGACCUAAUAGACCGUUGGAUGGCUCGUAUGGGCCAAGAAGCGGACGCAAUGAAUGAAGCCUCGAAAUUCUAGAGAAUAAUGGUAUUGAUGCGCUUUGCCAUGACU